AUGAAAAAUUGCAGCUUAGAUCUCUGCCUAUCUCCAGUCACCUCUUCGCUUCAAUCUUUUCGCCGAGACUCUACGAUUAAUGCAUUCUAUAAUGAGAAACUACGAGAGUAUGAUCUCGUGGAGAUUCAGAUAAGGGCAGUAAUAGAGAUGGCGGCGAGCAAGGAACGUGAAACAACGGCGUUAGAGUUAGCGCCGGUGAGCUUGGGAUUGCCGUUUGGGUCGUCGGUGAAGAGAUCAGUGAAGAGGUUUUUGGAGAAGAGGAAGAAGAAAAGCAAAACUGUUACACCUCAUAUCUACACUUAUACAUCCACCUCCUCCUCUUCUUCCCAUAACUUCUAA